AUGCCAGCAAAGAAAGUGAAGAGUAAAGACUCUACUACAACAACACAGCAACAACAGAGACAUCCAAAACUAAGAAGAAGUCAUCAUCAUCGAGUAGUAGUGCACCGAAAAAGUCUUCAUCUUCGGGCAUCAGCAACAUCUUCUGUUGAUUCUGUUCACAAUUUAUCAUCAUCUGUGGCUUCUCCUUCUCCCUCUGUAACAAAACCUAAAAAAACAAGUAAGAAAACAAAAACUUCUUCAUCUAUAACUUCAGGCAGUGCUAGUAAUUCUUCUGUUGCUGCUACAAGUGCUCCGAUCAUUCCACAAGCCUCUAUUCCUCCUUCCUCACAAAUUGCAACCCCUGUAACUAUAAAUUAUGCACAACAGGCAGUACCUCUGGCUUUUCCACCACAGUUUGCCAAUAAGAAUACCAAUCCUACACCACCAUCAAAUGUGGAGGUUCCAUACUCGGAGGAAAUCAGUAAAAUGUUGAUGGUAUUUUGUUAUACGAGCAGAAUUGAGCCAAAUGGAAAUAGAAUUAUUGAAAGAUAUACUAGAAAUCAUUUAAUUCAAUUAAUUUCAACAGCUUGUGAACAGAUACAAAAAUCAGCCACACAAACAGAUAGUUCAAUAACUAUUUCUCCAGAUGACAUUCUCUUCUUAUUUAAAAAUAAUAGUCUAAAAUUAGCUAGGAUUGAAAAUUUAAUUAAAGUGAAGGAAAUGAGGAAAAAGGAUGAAGAAAGUACAUCAGAAUCUGAUCCAAAGAAGAGAAAACUUACAGCAAUCCCAUUAUUAAAGGAAAAAAAGAUUAAAUAUGAUCCAAUUUUAGAGAUUGGACAUUUUUCUGAUGAUGAGGAUUUGGAAAAUGAAAAAUCAAGCUACGAUCCUUUUGCCACAUACAUGCACGAAAAACGAAAGGCUGCUGAUUUUUUAACUAAAUGUAUGACAACAAAUGAAUAUAUGGAAUUUACAAAGAAUAGAGAGUCUGCAAACAUGUUGACUAAGGGAACCAAAAAAUUCAGACAAUGGCUCGACGUGUCGAACGAUAUCAAGAUGAACGACCUUGUUUUAGAAAUAUUAGCAAUGGAAGCUUUCGAAACUAUUGGAAUACUCUGUCAAGUAGCUCUCAUAGUAGCUAUCGAUAGUCAAAAUAGAAGAAUAUCACCAUUCGAGGAUGCUCUUUUCAAGUAUGCUGGCUUACUGUCCGAGAGAGCCAGAAGGAUGUACUCUCAACAUCCACAAGACCCGAUAGACUUGGCCACUUCGAAACCAGUUCCAACUGUAAAUAAUAGUUUCCUUACUAAUAAUCACUUCCUUAGCGCAAUCACCUUACUCCACCCACCAAGUUGCGGAAAACAUUAUAACCCUCUCAAAUUUAUUGUGAACAUAUAA